AUAUGUCCUUGGGCAAGACACUUAACGUCUAUUGCCCCAACCCAGUGGUCACCUAUUACAAGUUGUCUAGUCAGUCAUACAUUAUAAAUACGUUCUUGGUCCCGUGACCACAUUUAGAUAUGCUUUUAGAACAGGUGGACCUUUAUUUAAUGUAUAAUCAGCUUUUGGUGUUAGUGGUCAAAAUGGUAGUUCUGUUGUGAAUAGUCGAAAAUCAUUUCUAUUAUAUUAUGAUAUUAAAUUAGCCGAACAUUAUUUAAAAAAAGUUUUCAUUUUGCCCUAUAGUUAUUUGAUCUGUUUAAAUAGAUUAAUUAUUUUCGCACGAGUCGCAGCGACUGAUGUUAUAUAGCAUGUAUAGUCAGCGUGUAAAAAUUGUUAUUGUUUUCUUCUUCUCGUUUUACAAAAUCUAAACAUCAAUUUGCUGCAGAAGACUAGAAUUAUUGUUGCAAAUUUAGUGCACAGUCUGUUCAUAACGAGCAUUUUUUUACUUGGUAUAACUUGUUUACAUAAAUUACGGAGAAGUUAACGCGUACUGAGACUGUUUAACAGAUUCAGGUUUUCUAUGGUUUCGCAUAUUUUUUGCUCGCAAAUUAAUCAACCGUUGUCUUGGACUCGCUGUAAUGCAGUUGAGUGUAUUACAGCGAGUGGCAAGCAACAUACUAGUACAGCACUAAAUAAUGAACGGUAUUUGUACGAACGGUCAACGCCCAAGAGAUAUUUUAACAAAGUUAGCAGCAGAACACGGUCUGAAACCACUCGAUGAUAAAUUCCAUGAAAUAUUGGACGGAAAAGAUCCUCUCUCACAUCUAAGAAAAGAAUUCUGUAUCCCUAAGGUCUCCAUAAAUAUUGACGAGCAGGAUCGCGAAAGUUGCCUUGAUUUCUGUUCCCAUUCCCUUGGCCUUCAACCAAAACGCACUAAAGAAUUUGUCAACAAGGUUUUAACAGAAUGGGCCGACCGAGGAUCGAUGACGUAUCGAUAUCCUGACGUCAUCAAUAUAUUCAGUGACGUAUCGUUAGCUAAAGGAGUGGCAGAACUUGUUGGAGCAUAUAGUGAUGAGGUCGCGUUAAUGAACACUCUUACAGUCAACCUCAAUCUUCUAUUGACUUCGUUUUACUCCCCAACAAAAUCGAGAAACAAAAUAUUAUUGGAAGGCUCAACUUUCCCCACCAAUUAUUUCUCGUGUGCGUCUCAUAUAAAACAAAGAGGGUUUAAUGUCAAAGAUAGUCUUUUGCUGCUAGAGCCACGAAAGGGGGAAUUGAUUCUACACACAAGUGAUAUACUUGAUGUAAUCAAUGACGAAGGCGAGUCCAUCGCCCUCGUGUUACUCUCCGGUGUUCAAUAUCUAACAGGACAACUCUUGGAUAUGAAGACCAUAACAGACGUUGCACAUGCUAAAGGCUGCAUGGUUGGAUUUGAUCUUGCUCAAGCUAUUGGAUCUGUGUAACUCCAUCUGCAUAGUUGGGACGUUGACUUUGCCGUGUGGGGAAACUUUAAGUUUAUGAACAGUGGACCUGGUACCAUUGGUGGGGCGUUCAUGCACCUAAGACACGAAAGAAACAAUUUCCCAAAGUUGCUUGGUUGGUGGGGUUACGACAUUAACACUCGUUUUGAUUUUCAAUCUGGCUUGGAACCUUUGGUUGGAAUUAACGCUUACAGAAACUCCGCGCCUUCACCGUUGAACUUGGCUUGUGUUGCUGGUAGCUUGGAAGUGUUUAAGAAGACCAGUAUCUCUAAGUUAAGGAAUAAAAGCAUUCUACUUAUAGGCUACCUAGAGAUGUUGUUAUUGGAGUUACGAACACACGGUCUAGAAAUUGUAUCGCCUUCUGACUACAAGCAACGCGGUGGGCAACUAACUGUUAAAAUACAUGACAGAAACAUCGUGGACGUACACGAAAAGUUGAAACGCAAGAAUGUUAACUGCAGUCUUAAGGAUCCAGAUAUGCUACGUAUAUCGGCUAAUCCAUUCUACACGAGGUAUUGGGAUGUAUUCCGACUUUGCCAAGUUUUACGCGGUGUACUGUCAAAACAGUAGCGUCGUUUAGGCGGUUUUAAUAUAUAUUGUUUUAUUGGCCGGGCAGUAUCUUAGCCUGGAACGUCGUUCCAUAAGCUACCGUUUUUUAUAUAAAAAAUAGUAAUUUUUUUAUUAUAGUCCCGUGCUGGGGUAAGAUGGUACACCUUUAGCACAUAUCAUCUAAAUAUCCUGAUCGUGUUUUAAACAAUUAACAAUGGUCUAUGGGUGAGAAUACGGUUUUAUAAGUUUUAUAAUCUCUUUGUUUACUACCAAAAGGUGAACUUAAUUGCUUUGUUAUCUGAAUUAACUCUUUGGAAGAUCUGGUGUAAAUCUGAUGCCCUGGGUAUUUAUGUGUUAUGUUGUGUAAAUCUUACUUGAAAUGCUUAUUCACGUUAGAUUAUCAUUAUUGUGUGUUCAUUUCCCGUAUACGGGCAAACAUUAUUAUAAGUUUUUACCCGCUUUGUCAAGGCACUUAAUAUACACCAAUGCACUUUA